GUUGUUGGGAGCUGGCUUGCUUGGCUUACUCAGGUGACAGUGAUGUGGUGGCUCGCUUACGUAAUGUUGUAUUUACUUUUACUAUUUUGUUUUGUUAGAAGACAUCGUAUCAUUCACAAAUGAAGUCUUUCCCAUGAGAUCUUGUAAUGUUAACAUAUUUAGAUAUAUACUGUGCUUUCAGGAACACUGCUGCAAUGAAGUUGUUAGAAAACGUAGAGCUUGAACAGUUGUCAUACACGUUUGGAGAGCAUGCGAAGGAUUGUUGCAUUGAUGUGAGGUUGGAAGCAUAUUCUUGCAAAAUGAUAACAUCGGACAAGAAACAGUGGAAGAAAAGUCAACAAAAUAGCAGUAAUGCUCCGCAACCGCUCUCACCACCAGAGAAGUUACCGUGGCUUCUAUCUAAUUCAUCAUGGACGCAGAACCCGCGUUUGCGCCAUUUGUCAGAACCUGGUUGUUCCAGUUUGAACAUUAGUAAUGAAGAAAAUGGUUUGGUAUAUGCGGAUGCAAUUUCCUCUCGGACACUUUUUGAAUUGAGAUCAGUUAUGAACGCAUCAUUUCAAGACUAUGAUUUUUCUUCUACAAAGAGUGAAGCAUUUUCUCUCAUCCCUAAUUUUGAAACAUUAGCUGGUUUGGUUGAUUCAAAACUUUCUGCUACGGUGACAAAUUAUUAUGAAAUCAAAAGAGUAUUGUGGGAAAAAGUCGAUCAAGUCAUCAAAAUUAGUGAUUGUAAAUUGUACAGUUACCGAACAGGAUACACUGGCGAUCCGUAUUGUGAAGACUUGGUGAUGUGGUCAUUUGCAUAUUUUUUCCACAAUAAAUCUCUAAAACGUAUUCUCUUCAUGUCGUGUCGUGCAUUCCGAGCUGAUACUGCUCAGAAUCGAUCAGCCGAAGAGUUAUGGGGUGUAGAUGUAUAAUAAUUCUUGUUUUUCGCCUGCAACUGACGAUCAAACACGGUGUACAUAUUUUAUAGCUUAAUAUGAUACAUUCCCUCACUGCUGUUUCUGCCAUUUUUCAUUUCAUGAUUUCAUUAAUUUUGAAAGGCGGAUUUCUGAAAUGGC